UGCACUCACUGUCAACACGGAGAAUCUCUGAGAACUUGCUGCACACUUUCUCUCCAGAUUUGUCACCUUCUGUCUUGGCUCAGCUCCGCAAGUAGCUGUUCAAGAAUGAUGCGGCCGAAAGAUUUACGCCAGGGCUCUGGCACCAAGACCUUCCUUGAUGCCAUGCACGGUGGUAAAGUUCACCUUGCACGCUUCAUCCUGGACGCUUUGGACGGACGGAUCAUCAACUCUAAGACAGAAAACAACCGCACCCCGCUCAUGUUCGCGGUUUGCCUGCAAGACCCCGGUACCAGGGCCAAGUUCACCCGGCUUCUACUGGAGAAAGGUGCUGAUGUUAACUGCCAGGAUGAGGACGGUCGGACUGCCCUGAGCCAUGCCUGUGAGAUGGGUUACCUGGACAUGGUCAAGCUUCUAGUGCAGUUCAAUGCUGACCCAGAAGUCUUUGAUGCCUGGGGUAACAGCGCUCUGAUGUAUGCUGCCUUUUCUGGGCACAACCAGGUUCUGGAGUUCCUGGUCCGGGCUUUCAAAAGACUGGGACUGAGGCUGGACAGAACCAAUAAUGCUGGUCAUUCCGCCAUCGAGGUGGCCAAAUUUUUUGGACACAACCAGUGUGUGCAGAUUCUGAACUUUCCUUGCAGGAGGAGUGUUGCCACAGAUGAUCCACCUGCUGAUUCAGGUACCAUCGGUGAAGGAGAGUGCCGGCUGCCUAACAGGCUCCCAAGGCAUGUUCUGGAGAGGUUCUCCAAGCAGCUGAGUAACAAUGAAGACCAACUGCCUGGGGUAUUUCAGAGACAGCUGAAGAUUGGAGACAGCCGUGGGCUUUGGAACCGCUUCAGAUGCCCCAGGAGCCAGUCUCAAGACGACAACCAUCGCCACAGCUGGGCUCUGCCUCCUCAGAUAGAGAAAAGCAAGAUUGAGGAGGAUCACAGCAAUCUCUUCACUGCCAAACAACUGCAGAACUGCCAGCUUAGAGAGCCAAAACCUAAAACACUGAACUCUCUGCUUGAGCCAAGCCAGAAAGAUGUCAGCCGAGACACUGGACUCCAGGAGCAAACACCAGUAAGUUUUCCUCUCUGGGGAAAAGCAAAGUCAUUUAACCUGGACCUUCUGAGCAGCAGAAAGCAGUCCUAUCAGGGUGAUGUAUGCGACAUCAACCUGUCAGCCAGCAAAUUAAAGAGAGGAUCGCUACAGGAUGAGAGAUGCCUGAUAGACAAGAUGGAAUGUCAAGGGAACACCCGGGGCCUGACAAAUGAUGCUGACAAAAAGGUCUCAGCGCCAAAACCUCUUUUAAACGGCAAGAGUCAGCCCGUGAGAGCACUCGAUGAGACUGUCAAAUCACAGAGAGAAGAGACUAAUGACAUAGCUACAUCAAGCAGAAGAGAGCAGCAGAAGAGGGGAAGCUUUGGCUCGACCGGCAGACACAACAAAUUGCUGUUUGCCAGAGAGGAGAUGGAGACCGGGAAGAUCCCAAACCGUACGCCGGGGUUCAUGGGCCUUGGGACCAGACUGCUGCGUCGAUUUACCGCACCAGAGUUCAUGAGGUUGGUGAUAGACUGUUCGGCUGGCUCCUCAAACGGUCGAGGGCGGAUUUCCCGCUCUGAAACUUUCCCUCUCUCUCACACACACCAGCAGGUCAACAGCCAGCCAAGCGUUGACAGCAUCAGUGGUGUGAAGUGUGAGUUUGAAAGCUGCUCAUCUCAGUCCGCCCUCGAUUAGAAUAACACAAUGUCUGGCUAAUAGGGACAUUUUUACAGCGCUCAAAAAUUCUGACAACACAGUUUGAUUGCUUGGUGAUAUGUUUUAUUAAUUCAGAGGAAAUACUAAUCUUUUGCUUAUGUUGCAGUUCAUUCAUUUUUUCAGUGUUUAUCAAUAAAAUCAAGAGGUUUUAAAGCUAAGUGUUCAAUUGCAUACAUACAAUUUUGCUAAUCUAUAUUUUAAAUAAUUUAUAAAUUAAGAGAUCAUCAGUCUGUGAGUCACUGAAAAUUAUUAUUUUUGUUUCACAUAUGUAUAUAUAUAUGAUUUAUAUUGUCUGGAAUUAAAUGUAUUUGAUAUUGCUUAUGUGUUUAUAAGAAAUAGUGUAUGUAUUUUGCUUAAACAUAUUCACUGAUUGUGUACUGUAGGAUUCAAGCUGAAUACCUAAUAAAUACUUGAAAACACCAGUGUUCAUGCAUGCGUAUGUAUGUGUGUGAGUGAGUGUGAGUGAUGGAAAAUGCAGGAUAAUAUGAAUUCCGAAUCAAUAUGCAUCAUUUAUUGAUUUAUACAAAAUUAAAAUGUGUAAUUCUCUUUUUCAUGUAUGAUCCACAGAGAUAGAAAUACAUGAAACACGUCAACAUGUAUCCGUGUCAGAAUACAAAGACUAUGUGCAAAGUGUCUCUCAGCAGGUGAACGUCCUGCAGCAUCACAUGCCAGGCCUGUGUGCUUUAUCUAGGCAAACAAAUGCAAAUACAGUCAUACACAUCUUCUGGAGGAGCAACACACACGUCUUGUGAUUUUUAAAAAGUCCGUCACAAUACAAAGAGGGUUGUAUCAGAAGCAAACACUGAGAUGUCCCCUCACACACAUCCAUGUGCUCAUGUGCUCACACACACACAUGCACACAUACAUACAACUGUACACUCACAUUUCAGUAAAGAAAAGUAGAAUUUUAAAUUCAUCUCAUAUAAUUUACUGCAGUAGAUCAGCAGGUACAAUGACCUAAUAUUCAGUAUUUGUAUUUACAUUAUUAAUUUAUCUGCGUAUGUUUCAAGUCCAUACUUAAUAAUGAAACCUUAUUUGCAAUUCACAUCAUACAAACAACCCACGACACCUUUUGGAAAUAAAGAAUAAAUAUGAAAAAGAGAAAUAUGGUACUGGUGAUGUUCCAAUAGCCCAAUAGUAGCAGCUGGGCUUUCAUCUACCCAUUUAUUAUGCUAAUAACGGAGAAUUGUCUUUCACGUCCCAGUUUGGUACAUAUUCAAGCAUUCACAUCAGGCCAGGUGUGCCUCCAUUUGGCCAAGCAAAUAGUCUACCGUCAGUGUUUGUAGAGUGUACUGACCAGGUUGUUGUCAUGUUUCCACAACAGAGAGUGUGAGUGUGCAGAGGUAACUUCAUUCUUCCUUAAUAAUGUCACAAUGAGCUACUGUGGUGUGGAGCCUAACAGCUUCAUAAGCUUUACACUGCUAGCAAUAAUGCCCACUAUGAACACUAGAAAGGAUCUUUAGAGUAGUGCAUGUUCAUUACAUAUAGUUACAUGGAAUAUUGAUUUUUGCUCUCAGCUGAUAUGCACCAUGUUGUGUUGCGUUGAAUCCCACUGAAUGUAACAGUAAGCUAAUCAAUAUUCGGUUGAGAGGUGAGGAACUGCAUGCUG